CUAGGGCUUUAGGCUCAAUGGCGUACGAGCUCCUGGCGCAGGCUCGCGGCGACGUCGAGGAUGCGCUCGCUAGGAUGCUGCACGCCAAGAAAGCCGGCACGGCGAGAGUGGAGCUUCCGGAGCUCACGACGGCGGCAUCGAUUCUCCUGCUCAACUUGCGCCAGAUUAAUCGAGUGAUUCUUCAAGAGGAGGACAGAGUCAAGGUCGAGACCGAGGCCGCCAAGAGUCCGCUGGAUCGGACCACGCUCCAGCUCCACAAUCUGCUCUACGAGAAGAACCAUUACCUCAAGGCGAUUAAGACGUGUAAGGAUUUCAAGUCGAAAUAUCCCGACAUAGAGCUCGUUCCCGAGGAAGAGUUCUUCCGGGAUGCGCCGGAGGAGCUCCAGUCUGAUCCUGCCAUCAAGAAUGAUCCACACAAGCUUAUGCUGCAGCGUCUCAACUUUGAGAUGCAUCAGAGAAAGCAACUAUGCAAGCAGCGGGAACUACUAGAAGCUCGCAAGAAAAUGCUGCAAGAGAACAUUGCAAACCGGAAGAAAUUCCUCUCGAGCUUGCCAUCCCAACUCAAGGCUCUCAAAAAGGCUUCUUUGCCUGUCCAACAACACCUUGGGAUCUUGCAUACCAAGCGCUUGAAGCAGCAUCAGCUUGCGGACUUGCUUCCUUCUCCUCUUUAUAUACUUUACGUGCAGCUCAUGUCGUAUAAAGAGGCCUUUGGAGAGCCGAUUGACGUCGAGAUCAUCGGAAGCGCUAAAGAAGCUCAAGCAUUCUUGAAGCAAAGUACAAACCGAGAAUCAGGUCCUGGGUCUUUCGAUGAGCAACACAAAGCAGACGAUGAAGUACUGGAUGAUGAUGACGAGUCUCAACGCCGGAGGAAAAGAACUAAGAGAACACAUGAUGUGGAAGCUGCUGCUGAUGCGGGCGUACUGCACGCCCAUCCCCUGUCAGUCAUUCUCCAGAUCUAUGACGAUGACGAUCGAGGAGGGGAGAAAGCCGCUAAGCUACUUACUCUCAAAUUCGAGUAUCUGCCCAGGUUAAACGUCGUUUGUGCUGGAGUUGAAGGACAUCAAGAUAGUGAUGUUCAUCUCCUUGCCAACCUUUUCCCCGACGAUGCAGGAGUCACCUUGCCGAACCAGGCCGGAAAAAUUCUUGCUGAAAAUAAGCUGGUGGAGGACCCAAAACGAACAUCAAGAUGGUAUAAGUGGGCUCAACAUUUGGCAGGCAUUGACUUCCUCUCUGAGACGCCACAAUAUCUAUGUCAUCAGGAGACAGCAGAGGUUAUCAAGACGUCCAUAUCCUCUGGGCUAGCCGUCUACAGGCAACAGCAUCGCGUGCAAACUGUUUUGCAGCAACUUCGGAACAGAAAGAAGUCCCAGCUGGCCUUAAAGGGCCAACUUGACUCGUUGGAAAAAUUGGCUAUUCCGCCUCUCAAGUUCAAGGCCGUGCAUUGGGCAACUCAUGUACCAAAAUGCCUGCUCAAGCGCUGGACGCAAGCGUCCGUCGUGGAGACACUGGCACUGGAAAGUGAAGCUGGUAGAGAGGAUGGCGAGCUUCCUCCAGCCGCUAUAUCGAAGCCGGCGUCUUCAAACGAAAAAGGAGCCAGCUCAAAAAAGACCGCUCGCUUUGAGGCUCCGGAAGCUCAGCUCCCGGCCCCAAGGCAAGAUGCACUACAACCACGGCAAAUCGAUCUCGAGCUGUCGAUCUUUUCUUCGGCCGAGUUUGCGGACGAAGAAAUGGAGGAGUGUGAGCCGGAUGUCCCGGAAGGAAAGGACGUAGAUCUGAGCUGCUCCAAGCAGAGCUGGAAGGAUUAUGGCUCUCGUGCUUUCAAUGCUGUACUAAGGAGAGACGACGAUGCUUCAGGACGGGCGUUUGAGCUCGAAGCACAGGUGACGAUAGCUAUGGACUACCCCGCGCGUCCUCCACUCUUCCAGCUGAGGCUCUUGUCCGGAAGCACUCAAUGCUUUCAUCAUCCACCUUCCGCAGGGGUAGUGGACGUGACGGAAGCACGCAUUCAAGGCUCGGACUGGUUCAAUGAGCUACGCGCAAUGGAAGCCAAGAUAAACUGCCAGGUUUUGGAGAAGCUCCCAGAGUGGGAAGAAGACAGCGUCCUAGCGCAUCAAAUGGCACUCUUGGCCUAUCUCUUUGACACCGAGGUUGAUGGAGAGCUGGCGAGCAGCCUAAGAAGGAUGGAUAGCACGACGCGAUUGCAUCGAGGUAGAGACAGGAGAAUCGAUCUCAAUCUGUAAUCCUUUCGAGACAACAACAACAACAGCUAUUUGCUCGAGGGUGGCAAGGAGCUCAUCGCGGAGGUUUGUCGUUGCGAUGAGGUACUCGCCUAGUCGUAAAUGUUGCCGUUGCUGGAGAAAGAGCUCAAAGCGUUUUUUGGUCAAAGCUUUCGAGGUCAAUCUUCGCCAAGGAGAAUCGACAGUAUUGUCAAGUCAAAAAAUAUUCACAACUAUUUAACGUAGAUUAGGUUUGUUUAAUUAAAGGUAAUUGAGUUAAAGCU